CUGGCAGCUCAGGUCACCUCACUCCCGCCGCGGCUUUCCUCCCCGACACACAUACACACCGCCGCUCAACACUCCGUCAGGCAACCAUCAGAGGCAGGAUAGUGGAGAUAGUUAGAUACGAACCAUCACCAAGAUCAUCAAAACAAGAGGAAAAAAAAACAUCUGAUACCUCAAACUUAAACACCUUAUUAACCUUUAACUUAAACUCUAUCAAAAAAACUAAUUCCUUUCCAACUAUCCUCAAUACUGUACUAAAACCCACCAACAUAUCUAGUCUUCAGGCAAGAACUUAACCUAUCCCUCUACCCUUCACCACCACCACCACCACUAGAGGGUCAUUUACCCCAUUAAAAGGUUCCUCCUCCUCCUCCUCCAUCCUCCUUCAGCGCCACCAGCAACAGUAACAAGAGGAAUAAGCAUCGUCGUCAGUAGUAGCAGGAGAAUGAGGGCGACAGGAGCACUGGUGUUGGUGAUGGUAUUCUUGGCAGCGAUGGUCGAGACUCAUCCUCCACGAGCCAAGCGAGGCAUCAAACUCUGCUCUGCCAGGGACGUUAAGUUCAUGGCCACUUAUGUGUGCAAUCUUCACCGCCGUUCAGUACGAUCUGUGGACCAACACUCCGACGACAACUACGAGACUACAGGGGUGGAGGCGCUUGGAGGUGGUAACAGCCGAGCCUGGCGUUCUUCCCGCUGUGGCCCUUCAGGUUCAGACUGUGCGCCCCAGUUCGAUUCCCUGCCGUUUCAGCCCUCAGCAGUGGACUUUGGCACCCCUGCUGUCAUCUCCAUGGCUGAUGUUGAGAGAUGGUUGUCACAAAACGGAUACCAUCGCCUGAUUCUCCCAGAGUAUUCGAGUUUUCCCUGGCAAACGAAAAAUGGACCAACCAACAACGGCGCCGCCUCCAACCGCAACAUAGAAAAUGAACUUUACCAGAGUAACUAUGGUACCGGGGUGAUGGGUGACCUCCGGGCUACCAUGAACAAGAGAGAUAAAGAGAUUGAUUUCCCCGUCAUGGUUCCUAGGUCUCUUAGUGACAUCAGGAAGAAUUGCUGCGUAAGGGAAUGUACAGCAGAGGAUUUCUACGGAGCUUGUUCCUAAUUUUUUCCCGCGUUGGAGAAAAUAAAUAAAUAUAAAUAUAUUUAUCAAGACACAAGCACGUCCCAAAUGAUCUUCAGGUUAAUCCCUAAAUACGAAUAUUUUAUUGAUAUAUAUAAAUAAUAUUCACAAGAUUCUAACAUCACCAUUCUCUAUAUUAUUUUAUUAUUUACAAGAUCAACUCAUGACUUCACUAAUUCUGUGAUCUAUUUUUAAGCCAAAAUAAAAUAAAUCAAAUAUAUAUUCGUAUAAUUAUA